ACAGCAGCGGACUUGUACCGGACGCGUACGCGGUUCCAUUCAUACUACAAUUGAGGGUCGGCGUCGGUGUGGCGUUCCUCUCCGUGGCACGAUGCUUGAUGAAGCCAGAGAGCCAAUCUAACAUGGAAAUAAUGGGAGGUUGGAUUGUCACCUCUCUCGUGCCCUGAUCCUGUAAAGGAUUCCCAGAUAGACUGUUCACUUAAAAGCUGCCUUGUUCCAGCGCGAGGAGAGGGAAGACCACCUUACUCUGCCCCCUCCAUGGGCGUGCUGUCUGUGUAGGGGCUGCUUGAGCUGUGCUGCUGGAUUUGAGCCGGGCCUCCCUACAGAAAGGGGAGCUGCACAUCAGCAUAAGCGAUCCUGCGGUGUUCUCCUCCCCCAGGACGGUCGCCUCUCCUAUCCUCGGGACCCCCGCCCGCUGACUGGCGCCCCUCCCCAUCUCGUGCAGACCCCCCUCCUGCACGCCCCCCGGCGCAUCCCGUCUCCGUCAUGCUCUUCUCCCUGCGGGAGCUGGUCCAAUGGCUGGGCUUCGCCACCUUCGAGCUCUUCCUCCACCUGGGGGCGCUGCUGGCCUUCAGCGUGCUGGUGGCGCUGCAUUUGGACCUGCAGGCCAUGAGCUGGUGGCUGGUGUUCGUGCCGCUCUUCGCCGCCGACGGACUCAGCACCUACUUCACGGCCAUCGUGUCGAUCCGGCUGUACCAGGAGGGCGAGCGGCGGCAGGCGGUGCUGCGGCUGCUCUGGGUGCUGACGGUGCUCAGCCUCAAGCUGGUGUGCGAGGUGCUGCUGUGCCAGAAGCUGGCCGAGCAGGAUCAGGCGCGCGACCUGUGGUUCGGCCUCAUCGUCUCGCCCCUCUUCAUCCUCCUGCAGCUGCUCAUGAUCCGCGCCUGCCGCGUCAACUGAGGGCGGGACGCGCCGCGCGUCGCCGACGGCGACGGACUGACCGCCAGCCGCCCCCGCGUCACGGGUUCCCCGGCUCUCUCUGUUGUCGUUCGGGGGACCUGAAACGGUGCCGCGGGUAGCUGACUGCGCAAUGGACUCUGCACACCGGCUGCUGGACGCUCUGGCUGACACUCCUCCUGCUGCUGCUCCUCCUGCUGCCAUUUAUAUGGAGUUGGCCAUAUCCAUCCUGUUUAUAUGGAGUUUGAUAUAUCCAUCUCAUUUUUAUGGAGUUGGAUAUAUCCAUACUGUUUUUAUGGAGUUGGAUAUAUCCAUUCGGUUUAUAUGGAGUUGGCCAUAUCCAUCCUGUUUAUAUGGAGUUGGAUAUAUCCAUCUCGUUUUUAUGGAGUUGGAUAUAUCCAUACUGUUUAUAUGGAGUUGGAUAUAUCCAUCUCGUUUAUAUUGAGUUGGCUAUAUCCAUUCCGAUUGUAUGGAGCUGGAUGAAUCUAUUCCAUUUAUAUGGAGUUGGCUAUAUCCAAUCUGUUUAUAUGGAGUUCACUGUGUCCAUCCUGUUUAUAUGGCAAUGGCUAUAUCCAUUCCGUUUAUAUGGAGUUCGAUAUAUCCACCCUGUAAAAGGUCACAGGACUCUCUCUCCCUCUAACUUGUCAUUCAUAUGUCUCUCCUACUCUUGCCCCCCGACCCCCGGUGUCAAAGCAUUUUGUUGUAAACUUGUGUCAGAUCGUGUUUAGUCCACUGCUCUUCAUGCAAUCAAAAACCAUUCCCUUCACAAGUACUGUAAGCAUAAAAUAACUCGCUGUCCGAAAUGUAACGUUACUUUUCUGUAUUAAACACGGGUUUGUGUUGUUUGUGCAGCGGCAUGCAGUCCUGACUGAACCAAACAUGUUCCAGCCACACUGAAAGGUGUCUGUUUUGGUCCCCCCCCCCCACCUGAUAAUGCUUGUACAUAUAUAUAUGGUUUCUGAGAAUUGUACAGACGAUGCUGCGGAUGUGUAAAAUCUGAUCAGAAACACGGUGAAUGUUUUUCAUUUGCACUACCCCGUUAUGACUGGUUGUGAUUGUGCACAGGUGUGUGUGAGAUGGGUAGUUCAUGGGAAGCCCUGCUUUCUGUAUGCCCACACCGUUUUUCCUAUUGUCUGAUGAGUAAAUUGUUAAUAAACCAACAUUCAAAGCA